AUGCCAGAUGCACACGGCAAGGAGGUGGGGCUUGUCUCUGGCGACAACGAACAAAUGGUGGGCUCAGCGAGUCUGUGCCCCCAUCCGUCAGUUUCAAAGCAGACUAUGCGAAGCACAAGAAGUACGCAAAGAAGCUCCCGACAUGCCAGCAGGGAUUCCGAAGUGAAGCCCAGAGCUUCUACGUCACCGAGAUUCUUCCGCACGUUUACGCAAAUCGACAGCUCACUGCGCUAUGCUGCAUCGGCCAUUACGGCUUCGCGGGCUCGACGGCGCUUUGCUUCUCUUCGAUGGCGGGGGGAGUCAUCCGAGGAUGUAAAUGCCAGUUGCAUCGAGCGAAUCGUCGAGGCUGUGAGCUUCGAUUGCUUCUUUGCGGUUCUGGUUCUGCUGAACUGUGCAUUCAUUGGUAUUGAAGUGCAACAUGCCAUCGAGCAGCCGGAUUCCACACCGGUUGAAUUCUAUGUUGUUCAGUACAGCCUGGCUUUCAUGUUUACAUUGGAGCUUUUUAUGCGGCUGUGUGCAUAUGGCUGUCGAGAAUUCUUUUGUGGAGAAGACUGGCUUUGGUCCUUGCUGGAUGCUUUCAUUGUAGUGAGCUCGAUCUGGGAUAUUGCACUGGAUUUGAUAUUCCUAUGGGAUGCCUCGAGCACGGGCGCCGCCAACCCUGACAAUCCGGUCUCAAGCUUAAGAGCCCUGCGGAUUUUGCGGCUGGCCCGGAUUGUGAAGGCAGUUCGGUUGAUGCGUGUCUUCCGCUUCGUCAGAGCGCUCCGCACCUUGAUCAGCUCCAUAUUCCAUACGCUGAAAUCUUUGUUUUGGGCAUUGAUGCUUAUGGUCCUGAUCGUCUAUGUUUUCGGUGUGCUCUUCAGUCAGGCAGUCAACAGCUACCUCGUGGACCCAGAGAAUCCUCCCAUGCCGGACAUGGCUUUCGAGGCCGCUCAGAGGCACUACGACUCGCUUUGGGGCACCAUGGUCAGCCUUUUCAUGUGUAUCUCCGGCGGGACGAACUGGGAGAAUGUGCUU